AUGAAGAGGUCCAGAGUUGUACUACUUCGGAAAGGCAGCAAGCCGGAAGGGGUACCGUCAUCAUACCGCCCACUCUGCCUGCUUAACGACAUGGGGAAGGUUUUGGAAUUCCUCCUCGCAUGGAAGCUGGAGACGCAUGUCACGAGCCGGGGCGGCCUUGCAGAAAACCAGUAUGGCUUCAGAAGCGGGCUAUCAACUGAUGAUGCCGUCAGAAAACUGCACACCAUCAUAGUCAUCGAGAGGAACAGAGGGAAAUUUUGCCUAACUGUGUCCAUCGACAUAAAAAAAUGCCUUUAA